CGACAGGGGUCCCAAACCGUCGCGCGCGCUUGCCGCACCACGUGGCGGUGCUCCGCGGCCCACGUGGAUGCGACUGGUGACCUUUCCUCCGUGGCUCUUGCUCGCGGCGGGCGACGGAUCGCUGAGCCGCAUCCGAGACUCCUUGGUGGAACUCGAAGCAACAGCCAAGGAGCUCUUCGAAGCGCAGCGCCUGGCGGAGCAACUCCCCGUCUUGGACGCGGCGCUGCACCGCGCGGAGCAGCGCCUGCGGGCCGAACGGAGCAGUGAAGGGCAAGAGCUCUACUUCAUGGCUCGGAUCCUGCGCGGCACGAUCCACCAGCAGAGUUCUGGCCUGGAUGACCAGGCAGUGGAGGAGAAGAAUGCCUACACACUCUCAAACUCACGGUUUUGGGAAGAAUAUUAUGCCAAUGUCGAUGCAGAUCGCUUUGAUUGGUACAGCACUUGGGAUACACCGAUCAAUUGGUUGAGCCUGGGAGUUUCAACCCUUGGUUCGGUCAUUGGACCCUUCCUGUUUGCCAACGCCAGCAUUCUCAUGUUGGGCUGUGGCCGUUCAGAUAUGUCUCAGCAGAUGUAUCGAGAAGGAUUCCGCAACAUCACGAACGUCGACAUCAGCUCGGGACUCUUGGAGCGCCUGCGGAGAGGCUUUGAAAGGGAGAUGCCUUUGAUGUCGUGGAGAUGGAUGAACGCUUCCUCGAUGGACACGGAGGAUCAGAGCUUCGAUGUGGUUCUGGAGAAAGGGACCUUGGACUCGCUCCAGGAUAACUCAGAGCUCUUCCAGGCCGCGGUGCGUGAGUCUCACCGAGUUCUUCGAAGCGAUGGUCUCUUCAUCUCCGUCACGGAUACCGAGAAGCUCCAGCAGCUUCAGAGCAUCGCGCCAUUCUCUUGUGAGGCCUUUGCUGGACACCUGGACUCCCAGAGACGCCUGCUGCUGUAUGUUUGCCGGCGAAGAAGCGGCUUGUUGGAGCACCUCAGAUCUUGGUUCAAGUCGGAACUCUGAGCUGAGUCGAGGAUCGCAAGGGGAAGGUGUAUGGAUGGCAGCAAGCCAGAAAAACCGAGGCGCCGGAGCCGUGCUUCGAAGUUCGCUUCGCGCGGAGCUGCUUCUUCGCACCUUGGAGCCACGGCCGCGGGCCGCGGAGGGCAAGACAGACUUUCCGGGCUCGUGCUCUGGUGCUCACAUCACAUCUCUUCAAGGACUCCAGUUUCUGGACUUGGGGAGUAGAGAAGCUAUGAGAAGCUCAGCAAGAAUCAGCCAGAAGCGUUGUUCAUGUUGUUCUAGUUCCCUUCCUUUGCACAUUUUGGCACCACUGCAGCACACCUUGAAGGGUCGACCACCACUUUUUCAGAUGCGACAUCGGUGCAGGGACGGGCCUCCAUGACUCAGGUCGACGGACGCCCUUCUCCGGCGCCGCCACCCUCAGGCAUCUGCUGCGACACCGGCCGUCGCCGGGACAGCGCCGCGCCCCCCUACGACGGCUCUGACGGCGCAGCUGCAGCGAGGAAAAGCGACGACCAGCCUUUGGGAGUCCAAACCGGUGGCCCUGCAGCGAGGUGAAAAGCGGAGAUAGGCAUGGCCCAUGUCUGAAAUGCAUAACUGCAGCCGAACAGAUGGUUGGCCAUGCUGCUCACAAAUGUCAGGUAGGCUCAAGCUGCUGUUAAGAAGAUG